UCGAUGGUAUAUAUAUAUGACUUGGCAAACAUCUUCCUGUUUUGCUCGGUGCUUUGGCCUUAAGCAGAAUCACGUUUCGUGUCUAUUAAGACUUAAAAAAUGCGUUACGUGGCUGCGUAUCUCUUAGCUGUUUUGGGAGGCAAAUCGUCUCCCAGUCAGACUGAUAUUGAAAAGAUUCUUUCAUCGGUCGGUAUUGAAGUCGAUGCAGAGAAACUUAAGAAAGUUCUUUCAUCACUAAAUGGCAAAAAUGUCGAAGAAGUUAUUGCUCAAGGUCGUGAGAAUCUUUGCUCGAUGCCAGUUGGUGGUGCAGCAGCUCCGGUAGUUGCUGCACCUGGUGGUGGUACUGGAGGUGCCGUUGCCGAAGAAAAGAAAGAAGAAAAGAAAGCGUCUAAGGAGGAAUCUGAAUCAGAGGAUGAGGACAUGGGCUUUGGUCUUUUCGAUUAAGGAUCAAGACUAUGGUAAAUUUUAUAAGCGGAGAAGCACCGAUCACUUUAAUUUAUGAAAUUUUUUUUAUAAUUGGUAAAUGUCUUGUACUGAUUGCGAAUGAAUAAAGGCGUGAUCAAAACAAAA